AUGACUCGAAUCUCCCUUACACUUAUCUUCUUGAUACUGCUCUCUUCUUGUCUGAUCCCUUUAGUUGAAUCUCACACACCUCGCGUGUGGAUUAUUGGGCUCAGGGAAGACCAGACCNUUGAGAAACACCUUGGCUUGGUGGGCCGCUCAAUCUCCGUCAAGGAACACAGGCCAGAGAUCAACGGAUACACCGCUUCUGUUUCAGAUGACGAUGAGGAUCUUCUCAGGGCCAUCCGCAAUGAUUCCAGUGUCGGCUUCGUGGUUAACAUGCCAGAAGACUAUUUUCGCAAGACGGAGAAAUUCAUCGAAGAUGGUUGGGAUGAGGACGAUCGUGAUCUAUACGAGCACAUGACGCACCCUGAUCACCAUUGGCAUUACUUGCAAAGUUACGAUCCCGAAGUUCUUGUUACUGACGAGGGAGGAAUUCGCAGUAGCUAUGUCAACAGCUAUAGCCUGCGCUUUGUCGAUGAAGAGCAGGAGAAGAAAUUUUGUCCUUUGAUUCGAGCUGAUCCUCGUGUGGAAUCAUUUGGACCCGUCCGCGGCUAUAAGAUGGAUGAUGAGAUUCAUGAU